AUGGCGCCACAUGCAAACGACAGUCCCAAUGGCAACAGCACCUCUUCCCCUCUCAAUCCCCGAGUCCACGCCGCCUCCACCGACGCCGCCAUCGCCGGCGAGAACGAAUUCGCCGCCCACAACUACCAUCCCCUGCCCGUCGUCUUUUCCCGCGCUCAGGGAAUCUACGUAUGGGACCCCGAGGGCAGGAAGUACAUUGACUUCCUCUCGGCCUACAGCGCCGUGAACCAAGGCCAUUGCCACCCCGAGCUCGUCAAGGCUCUCUGCGACCAGGCAGGCAGGCUAACGCUGAGCUCGAGGGCCUUCUAUAACGAUGUGUUCCCGAAGUGGGCCGAACUCGUGAAGAACGUGUUUGGGUACGACAUGGUGCUGCCCAUGAACACAGGUGCCGAGGCGGUCGAGACGGCCAUCAAGGUUGCGAGGAAGUGGGCGUACAAGGUGAAGGGUGUUGAACAAGGAAAAGCGCUAGUCUUUUCUGUUGAGGGUAACUUCCAUGGCCGAACUAUGGCGGCAAUCUCACUCUCCACGGACCCCGAAUCAAGAGACAACUAUGGCCCAUAUGUGCCAAACAUCGGCUCCAAGAUCCCCUCGACCGGUAAGACGAUCCGCUUCAACAACGUCGCCGACAUCGAGGAAGCGCUAGAGGCCCAUGGCAAGGACACCGCCGCCUUCAUAAUCGAGCCCAUCCAGGGCGAAGCCGGCGUCGUGGUCCCCGACGAUGAUUACCUCACGCGCGUCCACGAGCUCUGCAAGAAGCACAACGUCCUCCUCAUCUGCGACGAGAUUCAGACGGGCAUCGCGCGGACGGGCAAGAUGCUCUGCUCGCAGUGGGCCGGCAUCAAGCCCGACAUCAUCGCCCUUGGCAAGGCCAUCGCCGGCGGAAUGUACCCUGUCAGUGCCGUGCUCAGCAGCAAGGAGAUCAUGCUAGUCAUCGAGCCAGGAACCCACGGAUCCACCUUUGGCGGUAAUCCCCUCGGCGCGGCCGUGUCCAUCCGCGCCCUCGAGCUCAUCAAGGAAGAGGACAUGGCCGGCAAUGCCGAGAAGCUCGGCCGUAUCUUCCGGGACAGCAUCACGGCGCUCAAGUCUCCCGUCGUCCAAACCGUUCGCGGAAAGGGUCUUCUCAAUGCCGUUGUCAUUGACGAGUCCAAGACCAACGGCCGGACGGCGUGGGAUCUUUGCAUCAGUUUGAAGAACAAGGGCGUGUUGGCCAAGCCUACCCACGGCAACAUUAUCCGGUUCGCGCCGCCGUUGGUGAUUACUGAGGAGGAGCUCAGGAAGGCCCUGGGUGUUAUUACGGAGGCGAUUGAGGGGUUGCCGAACGCGGAGAAGGCGGUGCAUUAG